AGCAAUUGAGUUUGACUGUGCUGCUCUUCAAAUCUCAAAACGCCACCACCAAACAAAACAAACAAUUCCGUCCAAGAAAGCUACAUCUAACUGCUUUCUCCUUCAUCUCCUCCUGCCUCUGCAACUCUCUCUCUCUCUUUCAAGGAACCCCAAUCUUACAAUUUCUUUUUAAACUCUUCCGCUAAGAUAAGAUCGGUUUUGGAGCUGAUCAUGAAUCCGCCUCCUCGUUUCCGCUGUUCGUUGACUUGAUCUGUAGCUUUUUCUUUGUUGUAUUUUCCUUUCAGAGGUAAAUUAUUGAAUCUAUAUUGAGGAAAGGUGAAUUUGCAAGGAAUUUCUUAGAGCAAAUGGCUUCCAUAGGCAUUGCACCUACUUCUGGAUUAAGAGAUCCAAGUGGAAAUACAGCUGCCGUUGAUAAAUUGCCUGAUGAGAUGAAUGACAUGAAAAUUAAGGAUGAAAAGGAAAUGGAAGCAACUGUGGUUGAUGGUAAUGGGACAGAGACAGGUCAUAUUAUUGUCACAACUAUUGGUGGCAAAAAUGGACAGCCAAAACAGACAAUAAGCUAUAUGGCGGAGCGUGUUGUUGGACAUGGAUCUUUUGGAGUAGUAUUCCAGGCUAAGUGCCUAGAGACUGGCGAAACUGUUGCUAUCAAGAAAGUUUUACAAGAUAAAAGGUACAAGAACCGUGAGCUGCAAACCAUGCGUCUUCUGGAUCACCCCAACGUAGUUUCCCUGAAACACUGUUUCUUCUCAACAACUGAAAAAGAUGAGCUUUAUCUUAACCUGGUACUUGAGUAUGUCCCUGAGACCGUACACCGUGUGAUAAAACACUAUAAUAAGAUGGGCCAAAGGAUGCCACUUAUUUACGUGAAGCUUUAUUUUUACCAGAUUUGUAGAGCUCUUGCAUACAUUCACAACACUAUUGGAGUGUGCCAUAGGGACAUAAAGCCUCAAAAUUUGCUGGUUAACCCACACACUCACCAGCUGAAACUAUGCGACUUUGGAAGUGCAAAAGUUUUGGUGAAAGGGGAACCAAACAUAUCUUAUAUAUGUUCUAGAUAUUAUCGAGCACCUGAGCUUAUAUUUGGAGCAACCGAAUACACCACAGCCAUUGACAUUUGGUCUGCUGGUUGUGUCCUAGCUGAAUUAUUGCUUGGACAGCCUCUCUUUCCUGGUGAAAGUGGAGUGGACCAGCUUGUUGAAAUUAUAAAGGUUUUGGGUACCCCAACACGGGAAGAAAUCAAGUGCAUGAAUCCUAACUACACUGAGUUCAAAUUUCCACAAAUUAAAGCUCAUCCAUGGCAUAAGAUAUUCCAUAAGCGUACGCCCCCUGAAGCUGUGGACCUUGUCUCAAGACUAUUACAGUACUCUCCAAAUCUUCGAAGCACAGCUGUGGAAGCUCUCAUUCAUCCCUUCUUUAAUGAGCUACGUGACCCUAACACUCGCUUACCUAAUGGACGCUUCCUUCCACCACUUUUCAACUUUAAGCCUCAUGAACUAAAGGGUGUGCCGGUUGAGAUGUUGGUGAAGCUAAUCCCGGAGCAUGCAAGAAAGCAAUGUGCCUUCCUUGGGUUGUGAUGGAGUUCGGUGUACUUAGUGUCUGCUGCUCGCAGAAAAAUGUGCUGUAGAAAAGUAGCUAGUUUCAAGUGAUCAUAUUGAAGUAGUGUUAAUUGUUGUCCAUCCCAUGUUCGUUUAUUCCUUUUUAUAUAAUUUUUUUUUUAUCUUCUAUAUCGUUGUAGAGAGCAGAUGAAAAAAAGAAGGUUCUGCAUAUUAUGUUGUUAAGCCUCGUUGGAUAUGCUGACCCUUAAAUUUCCAGUCAAUUCAGACGUCAACUCAAAUAUUUUAUCAACCAUAUAAUUUUUUCUUGUUACUUUA